ACCAGCCCAGCCCAUCCCUACCCAGCCCAUCCUACCCAGCCCCAUCCCUACCAGCCCCAUCCCUACCAGCCCCAUCCUACCCAGCCCAUCUCUACCAGCCCCAGCCCCAUCCCUACUGCAGCCCAUCCUACCCAGCCCCAUCCCUAACCCAGCCCCAUCCGCUACCCAGCCCCAUCUCUACCCAGCCCCAUACUCCGCCAGCCUUACCCAGCCCAUCCCUACCAGCAUCCAGCCCAGACCAGCCCAGCCCGCAUCCCUACCCAGGCCCCAUCCCACGCCAGGCCCAUCCCUUACCCAGCCCAUCCAUUUACCAGCCCCAUCUCUACCAGAGCCAGCCCCAUCCCUACUCAGCCCCAUCCCUACCCAGCCCAUCCCUACGCAGCCCAUCCCUGACCCGCUCCAUCGCCUAACCAGCCCAUCUCUACCAGCCCAUCUCUACCCAGCCCCAUCCUACCCAGACCCAGCCCAUCCUACCACAGCCCCAUCUCUACCCAGUGCCCAGCCCCAUCCCUAUCAGCCCCAUCCUACCCAGCCCAUCACCUACCGAGCCCGUCAGCCCCUCCCUACUCAGCCCCAUCCCUACUCAGCCGCAUCCUUCCGCCGCCCAUCCCUACCCAGCCCAGCCCGCAUCCCCAAGGCUCUACCAGGCCCAGCCCAUCCCACCAGACCCAGCCCAUCCUCCCGCUUACCAGCCCCGCCAUCCUACUCAGCCCACCUAACGCCCCAUCCCUACUCAGCCCACUACCCAGCCCAUCCUACUCAGCCCACGACCCGCUCCUUCAGCCCAUCCCUACACCCACCUACAGCCGCCAUCCCUACCCAGCCCAGCCCCAUCCCCAGCUCUACCCACCCCAUCCUACCGCAGCCAGACAGGCUAAACCAAAGGUCCUGGUAUCACCAUCGCCACGGACAUCAUCUGUGUUUCCAGUGGGAGACGGAUACUGAUUCCAGGAGACAUGUGAACCUGGUGAAGGAGUAUCGCUUCCCCAGCCUCUUCAUCAACUCAGUUUACCCCCGGCCUGGCACCCCCCGCGCGCCAAGAUGGACCGUCCCCGCCCAAGUG